CCCCGGCCGGCCGGGAGCUGAUGUCCUGAGCUCGCUGCCCGCGGGCUCUGCGCCCGGUGGGGGGCUGUCUGGGAAGUUGGGGCGAGGCGCGCCGGGUAUGCGCCAUCACCAUGUCCCGCCUGGACUCGUGGCUGGGUGAGGUCCAGUGGCUGGUCUUGGUGGCGCUGUUCGUCGUGGCCCUGGGCACGGUGGGCCUGUACCUGGCGCAGUGGGCGCUGGCCAGGGCGCGACCCCGGUCCCCGCGGCGGGCGGCGGAGCCUGGCGAGGGCCGGCGCCCGGAGUCUGACACGCUGCUCGCCUGGAUCCUGACGCUGAACAGCUGGAGGAGCCAGUGGCAGGCCGCCUGGGUGACCGCCCUGAACGAUGAGGCCAAACGGAAAGGGGGCCCACUGCUCCUGCGCUUCCAGGAGGACCCACUGCAGCAGCCCCUGGAGCUGGCGGUGCAGCAAGUCUCCAGCGCGGCCAGGUCGGCCCAGGAGAAGGUGGUGUUCUGUCACGUGGUGGGCGAGACCAUUCAGUUCCUGGUCAGCGUGGUGCCGGCCUCGUCUGAAGAUGCAGGGUGUCAGGUGUACGGCGUGCGGGUGUCCCCGUUUCAUCUGCAGCUGGAGCUCCACAUGCAAGAGAAGAGAGAGGACAUUCAGAUCAAGUGGUCCUUCGUCAGUGCACCAGAGAUGGUGGUGAUGGUCCAGCCCAAAGCCCCGAGGGAGGACCCGGCGGUUGGGACAGAGGCCGUAGCUGAAAGUCUCAAGGAUAUUUUGAAGCACCUGGUUAGUGCCGCCUCCCCAUCGGUGGUUCUGAGCACCAAGCCUGCGGAUGUGAGGGAAGUGCAGCAGCUACAGCGCACUUCAUCUACUCAGGAAUCCUGCCCUCCCAAACCUCCAAGGGCUCACGAGCUCAAACUGCUGGUGAAGAACAUCCGAGCCUCACUGCUGAGCCGUCCUGGUGCCUCAGGCAGCGUUAACCCCGUGUGUGUAGUUCAGCUGAACGAGCCUGUUCAGAAGUUCUCCAGCACCCUCGCGAAAAAUACCACCACCCUCACUUGGGAAGAAGAAUUCACCUUUGAGUUGAAUGCCAAGUCCAGGGAGUUGCACCUGCAGAUUUCAGAGGAUGGGCGAUCCUCAGAAGCUCUGUUGGCGACGACGACUGUCCCCUUGGAUUUGUUUAAGAAGCAGCCUUCCGGGCCGCAGAGCUUCACGCUGACCGGUGGGUCCUCCGCAGGCUGCUCGGCGCUGGGCUCGGUCACCGCGGAGUUUUCUUACGUAGAACCCAGCGAAGCAAAAUCCUGGCAACUCCCUUCACCUGCUCCUGCUGCAAAGAUAGAGAAAGACCGCACGGUGAUGCCCUGCGGGACCGUGGUCACUACUGUCACUGCCGUGAAAACCAAGCCUCGCCUCGAAGCGGGGAGAGCCUCCCCGCUGAGCUCCGAGUCUCCCCUGAGGACACCUGUCAAGGUGAAGGUCAUUGAGAAGGACAUCUCCGUCCAAGCCAUUCCCUGCCACGGUGCCCCCGUCAGCAAGACGUUCUCCUCCUCAGACACAGAGCUCCUGGUGCUGACCGGCACGGACCCCGUGGCCGAAGUCGCCAUCCGACAGCUCAGCGAGUCUUCAAAGCUAAAGCUCAAAUCUCCACGGAAAAAGAGCACGCUCAUCAUCUCCGGGGUCUCCAAGACCUCGCUAUCUCAGGACAGCGACGCCUCCCUGAUGCUGGACUACGCGGCCUCCAUGCACAGCGCCCACCAGAAGGACGGCCCGGACAGUCUGGGGGCGGAGGUGUCCCCUGCCCCGCCUGAGGAGGAGGAGGGGGCCUCGGCCGGGGCCCUGCCGGCCCUGGAGCCUCGGGAGAGUGAGCUGGACUCCUGGGACUUGGAGAAGGAGCCCCAGGCCGGGGCGUGGGGUGGGCAGGCCCCGCCUGACCCCGAGGGGGAUGAGCUGUCGGAGAGCUCCCUAAGUGUGUCGGAGCUGGAGCCUGGCACCACCAAGAAGCAUAAAGCAUCAAAAGCUCUAAUAAUAGCAACAGAGCCGUCAACACAUGGACGUUCUCAUGCCGUCGGCAUCCUCGCGAACGAGAGCCGCGAGCCUGUUGGAGGACGUUAGGGGCAGUGAGCGACAGCUCGUAGGACCUGCUACCCACAUGUGCAUGGUUUUUCUUUUGUCCGAGGUAGGUUUGCCAAACGUUGCCAAUAGCUGAAACCAAGUACUUUCAGGGCAAGAGAGGAAAUUACUUCAUGUCUCAGGUGUGAGUCUUAGGAAUGGAAGUUCAGUAACAAAUGAGCCAAAUGUGCAUCAGGUCCUUUUUAUGAGCGGGUCGGAAUCGGCUGUGGACGGUGUGCUUAUCACAGCUUGGGAUGCUCUUGCUUUGACUGCCAGUGGACAAAAACGGUAAGCUUGACACAGGACUUCACUACCCCCGUGUGUCUUCCAAACCACUUUCCUCAUCAGCGCGCCUUUCUGCCAGGUUUCAUUCACAAUUCUCACAUCGUCCAUUCCUUCUGGAAGAGCCACUUUUAGGGGACGUGCUUAUUAAAGAACACUUGUCAUCAGGGUGAAAGGUGUUAAGUAAGAUUCAUUUUCCUCCAAUAAGAUUUAAAGUCUACUAGGAAAAUGUGGCUUCCGUCACGGGUGUGAAAUUGAGAGCGUCCCUUCUUCCGGGUGCUUUUGUUAAUCCUUAAGCAGAUAUUUCGGGGUAAUCGAGCUGUGGGGGAACGAAAACCUUUGUAAAAACCAAAAUUGCAGAAUUUCGUCUUUUCUUCUUUUUUUUUUUUUUUUUUUGAGGACGAGAUUAGAAAACUACAUUAAGAAUUUUAUUUUUAAAUACAUUCUUAAAAAUUCUUAGGUGUCCCAAGAAUUAUCAAGUGACUGUAAAAUGACUUUUUCACCAUAUUUUGCUUUUAAAGGUUAUAUUUCAAUUGUAAUCAUUGUAAACUAGCACCCGGCUGUCCAAACUGUCGUGUGUUACCACCAAGUUAGUCCCCACAGGUCAGCAGUCCCUGCUAGGCUUGUGGAACCAACGGUUUUUUUCAUGUUCUGUUUGACUUGACGAAUCAUUGUUCUCUCUCCUGGUCAGCAGAGCCGUGACAUUCCAGGAUUGAUUCUAGUUUAAUUCGAAUUUCAGGUACUGAUUAGAGGUUUUUAGUACAGGUUUUUGUUCAUUUGAUUUUGAAAUUCAGCUGGAUUCCAUUUAUUCGAGCGUGAAGAUGUUGGGGUUUUAGAUUCAACUUUCUCGCUCUAAAAAAUGUCUUAGCCAUUCCCACUCCUGUUUGACUCCGUGAGCGUCCAGUUCACCGUUUAACACCUUCCUCAAGAGCUCUGCUCUCAGGCCCCUCGUGACUGGAAACCUCUCUGGGGUCCUGGGACGGUGUCGGGGGACCUGCGUCCGCCCGGUGUGUGAGGAGCACGGGGAGUAACACGAGGGAGAGUGUCGCCGGGGAGACGUUCGUGCCCGCAGGGUGUACUUGGGGAAGCUGGUACAUCUGAGUGGAUCCAGAAGCUCACCCCCAGGACGCACAGACAUAGCCACAGUCAGAUGGCUUUUCCGGAAGUUACGGAGGUCACUAACGGAGCAGGAGAUACGACAAGCAAACAGAAAAGCGGGGUCAGGAGAGCACCGUGACAACAUGGGCUGCACCGCUGCUGCGAACGGUUCCUUCCCGAGCUGUGGACCCAGGUUUGUUUUUUUAAGUGGUGUAGGGUAUUUAUGUUAAAGUCAGUGUCGCCAAGGCCGAACGUCAACUAGGAUGGCACACCGAAUACAAAACGUGCUAAUUUGUGAGUCACCUUAUUCCCUUACCUUUUUCACAUGCCGGAGUGGUUUGAGGGCUUUUGGUUUUGGUCUUCAUGAAAUUUUUGCAGAGUGGUGUUUUAAAAGCUAUUUCUCCUGAACACUGAUAUUAACGUGUGUCUGGAUGUCUGGAACCAGCUGCUCACGCUGGGGUUAACAAGCUGGCAGCACUCUGGUUCGUAUAAGGACGCGCCUGUGUUCUCUGUGGAGGAAUGAAAUGGACCUUUAAGUGUGUGUGUUUUCACGGCAUUUACAGAAGUACCCAUCUCACCAUCAUGCCAGGUGAAACCUGCUGUGAGGAAGAAGGUUUAGACCCAGCACUAUUUAAAUCCAGGUCUCAAGUUGAAGGUCAAAAGCAGCACUGGAUUCCCAGAGAUGGCUCCCCAGCCCAUCACCACCAGCCAAUCACAAGUUGGGCGCCUGCCUAGGUUUCUGAUUGGUUUUACUGGCCACAUCUCUAGAAGCUGCAAAUUUUUCUUCUUGAGCAGAAAGGAAAAGAUGAAUUUACGCAGCUGCCACAAAAUUCCAAUGUUUUCUGAUUUAUAAUCUCACCAUUCUUGGUCUUGAAACCUCACAGCAUGAGUUGGUGGACGCUGGAAGUCAGAACAUUUAACUCUACCAGAUGGAGGACGGGUCUCAGCACUGGCCUGGACCCUGACAGCAGACCCUGCCUCCACCCCCUCAAACCCACCAAGGUGUGAUGACCAAAGCCAGCGGCACGGGGACACCAACACUGCUAAGUCCUGCGCAGCAAACUCAGGUUACAGCUAUCCGGUUCCUUUUUUUUGGCACUCCUACUUUGCGUGUGAGGAGGCAGUCGAGGUAACAUGACCUCGCCCCGUUCACCGUUCACUCACCUCCCAGCUAGCCAGCGAUGUGCCAUUUAUAAUUUAGGCUUGUGGGUUUUUUCCCCCAAUAUCAUAUCAAAGCUACAUAUUUUUAAAGAAAAUAAAAGGCGGUCCAGGUAUGUGGAGAGGUUUGACCUGAUGACCCGUGUCGUGAUGCAUGUACAAAACGACAACUGUAUCCCGGGCAGCGCGGUCCGCAGCCCGCGUCGACCCUGUGCGGCUGGGUUCGUUCGGAGAUGUGGCUGGAACACGAAUGGUCUUUGAAGGAAAUAAAGGGGCACACAGAACACUA